AUUUCUUCUAAGCUGUGGAAGUUGCAGCAGCACAUAGCAACUUCACUACUUGUAAACUGGCUGUGCAGAGACACAUUUUCUUGUCUCUGGUUCGUCCCAGGAUGGAUUUCAAAGUGCUGGCUGUUUUGAGCUGCUUCACCCUCCUCUUUGUUUGGGGUAAGUCAUGUUUUCCUUUGUCCUUUGUCCCUCUGUGUUCCUACGAUUCCUCUCCCUUCUCUAGCAGAAAAAUAAAUGUUAAAAUGCUCAGGGCAUUUCUCCAUUUCCCACACAAGGAAUUUCUUGUGGGGAGCAUGAACACCCACAGCCUCUCAUUGCUGCUGUGCACCAGGAGCCAAUCUGGGGUAGAGAUCAGCUCCUGAGCUUUGACCUGGCCUUGGACUAGAUUGCAAGUGCAGAAUUCCUACAUGUCCAAACAAUGGGGAACACUGCUAUAAAUAUGGGAAGGGUAGAGGCGUAUCUAGGCUCCUUUGCACCCUUGGCAAGGAGCUGUAUUGGCACCCUCCUACAGAAAAUACCCACUUUACCACAAUAAUCACAUUAGAAAUUACUACAUUUUACAUGACCCAAAUACUCCAAGCAUCCAGAAUGAGGGCAAUGCGAGGAGGAAGGGCAAAACAACCCCAAAUGCCCUUGUGUCGUGGUGCAAGAAGGAUAGGAAGUUUCUCCCGCUUUUGAUCUUAUCAUUGCAGCAUCACUGUGUUGUCACACAGUGACACUCCAUAGUCUGAUAGGUCCUUUUUAGGUACUUGCCCUUGCCCCGAACCAACCCCUAGGUACACCUCUGGUGAAGGGGCAGACCAGAGAGCAAAGCUACUCAGCAAACUUGCAGAAUCAACAUCCGCCAGAAGAUUUGCUGAACAUGAUAUAUCAGGACUGUUUGAGAAUGUCAUGGUUUGGGUGGACUAUACUUGCAGAUACAUGCAUUUUGCAAAGAAUCCAAAAUUUUAACUGAGGUUUUUUAGAGCAGGAGAAAUUCAUUCUGCAGGCAAAGAUAGGAAGCCUCCUUUAAGGCAAGAUGUUCUGUGAACCCCUAGGCUGCCAACUGGUUCCAGUGCUUGUGGAUCUCAUUUGAGCUCAAGUCCAGAGAAGCAAUAGCAGAUGGUGUGGUGGGACCAAGUACUUACCUGACCUCCUGUCAGGUGAGUCACUGGCUGCUGCUUGCCAGGAGGGGUAAGGUGGUAGCAAGGUCUGUGGGGUGCAAAUGUACCAGUGGAGCCAGUUGGGGGCUCUUGCCCAUGCAUGUGCACCAUGCCACCGCCAACCAGGUGCUCUCCAGCAGUUUUGGACUACAACUCCCAUCAGUCCCAGCCAGCACAGCAGCACUGACAAGGGCUGAUGGGAGUUGUAGUCCAAAGCAGUUGGAGAGCACGCACUUGGGAGAAGCUUAAUAUCUGUUAGUGUAUUGUGUACAGUGGUACAUCGGAAGUCGAACAGAAUCUGUUCUGGAAGUCCAUUUGACUUCCAAAACAUUUGGAAACCAAGGCACGGCUUCUGAUUGGCUGCAGGAAGCUCCUGCAGCCAAUCGGAAGCCGUGGAAGUCACGUUGGAUGUUUGGGUUCCAAAGAACGUUAGCAAACUGGAACACUUAUUUCCAGGUUUGCGGCAUUUGGGAGCCUAAACGUUUGACUCGUAAGGUGUUUGACUUCCAAGGUAACACUUUGUAUUCAAUUGGCAAUAGUCCUGAUAGGUGUGGCAAGAUGACGUUCAUGAAUAGAAAGUUUUAAAAAAUAGGAUUGGUGCAAGAGACUGGUAACACCAGUCCUAUAUCAUGUAUAUAUGAAGCGAAGGUCAAGGCCACUACUGUAAUGUUUCAUAUAAAUGUUUCUCUUCAUAGCUGAAUGCCAAAAAGAAAAGCCUUCCAAAGCUUUGGAGAAGGCAGCCACGAAGGAGCUGAAAGUUGGUGGCUCCAAAUUUCCCAAAGUGCCAAGUAAAAAACUUAAACAGGGGACUCCCAAGUUUCUAAAGAAAAGCCAAGUUAAAGCCACGACUGUUCCCAAGGAAGGCAAGCUGACCAUUCUGACAAGGGCAGUGGCAAAGGGGCAGUUCCAGAAGGUGUCCAACACGUUGGUGCUAAGAGCAGGCGAAGCCCUCGACUUGCGCUGCAAAGGAAAGGCGGUCAAAUGGAGAUACCCUCCUUACUUGGAUGACGACGACGUGGAGAGGCGACUGCGGUGAGCAUAUUGACGGCAACUGUUUGUGUUGGGUAGAUGUGACGUGGUCUUGCGUUCAGUGGUGAAUGUGCUUAUGGAUGGAAUGUCCCAGGUCUGGAGGGGAAAGCUCUUCCUUGCCUCAUCUUCGCCCUUCUCUCUUUCAGAAUCAAACACUUUGAGAGGCACAGUCAGCUGACUGUCGCCAAUUCCACCGCGGCAGACACGGGCGAGUACAGCUGCUGGUCCUUCCAGUGCCGUGACAGCGAGUGUCGCGAUGGAGAGGACAAGAUGGGCAAAACAUUCAUCUUCUUCACAGGCCAGGCUUUUUUCUUGGUUUAAGGUGGUGGGGGGUGGACCUCUUCCUCCCUGCUUCUGGUCUCCCCUUUCCUAGUCAUUAUUUCCUAAGACACCCCCACACACUUAUGAGGGUCACUUGACAAUACUGGGCAGGGCCAGAAGAAAACUGGGUGGAGCUGCAAAUGUGAAUAUUGCGUCUGUGCAGUUGGCUACUUUUAAACACGCUUACAGCACCACCAGCCAUCCUCGGUCCAUGCAUAUUCCAUCAGGAGGGUGAGAGGAGGGCUGGUAAAUGAAAUGGCCUGGGGAUUAGUCCAAAGAUGCCAUUUCAAAAGCUGGGAACCCUUUUCGUUGAGAGGGCAGCAUCUUUUUUGACAAAUGAUUGCACGUGGAUUUUCUAGAGAGGCUAUAGAUGACAAUAAUGUAUGGCGCUGCCCAGGAGAAGACACUGUCUCUACACAUCCAAACGCCCCUUUCUGUUUCCCCCUCAGACCCUCAGGAGCUAUUUGUGCCCACAGAAGAUUACUAUGAAGUGAUUCAGCUGCGUACAAACCACCCCACCCUGCUGCCAUGCCAGGUGACAAAUCCAGCAGCCAAAGUGACGCUGCACCGGGAGUUCCCCCCCGAGAAAGUGCUUGUGGAUGGACUAGACAUCUCGCAUGAUGUGAAGAGGGGCUUCAUCAUCCACCGCCCACAACCUUCCCAUGCUGGCUCCCUCUUCUGCAUGGCCAAUGUGGAUGGGGUGAGGCAGAUCUCCACAAAAUACAUGCUGAUUUAUGUGAACUGUAAGUUGCCUUAACAAUUAAUCAUCUAUCUCUCUAUCUCCCAAGUGUGUGUAUGUGUAUAGGAGAGAGAGGGAGAAAGAAAAGUCUACCAAUCUGCUUGCCUUUUUCAUUUUAAUGUUUUUUAAAACACAGCUUGUCAAAUUCAGAUUAAUUCAGCCCAAACUGUCCCAAAAGGGUAUGUGGCUGCUUUAGAGAUCAAACAGUUCAUCAACUCAUCAGCUCAUCAAACAGUUCCAUUCUUUUGAAAAAGGGAAUGUGACUAUGAGAAUGCAGGUGUGUUCUUUCUAUCCAAGGGAUGUGCUUAUGCCGAUCAAGGAAAAGGUGUCUUGGUUUGCUGACCACAGGUUGCAAAGGAAUGCCCAAAACUGAUUCUAACCUAAUUUAAAAUGAUUUAUAUACAACUCCCAGGCAAUCAGGACCCAGGCAGAAGGGAGUGGGAAGUAUUGUCACUUUCCAUGAUGUCCACUGAAUGAGGCCUUUUUCUCCAGGCAAGAAGUAAUUCUGAUUCGGCAGGGACCUGUCAAAGUUUGGAGUCAUUAUUCUAUCAGUGACACCUUGAUGCAAAUCUUUGCCCAUUGCUGGACUUGCACAAAGGCUACCAGUCAGAUUUAGAAGGCUUCACAGGCAAGGCCUUGUCGCAGAGCAUCACUAAGGCCAGAGAGAGUGUGGGAGAGGCCUCAGACUCAGGAUCCACUGCCCCAUUUCCAUUCAGCCUGUGCUCCAAGUGGGAGAACUGUAGAAUUUCGCUAUGCCAUGCCUAUCUAACAACUCCACAAGGAGCAAUGCGGCAGUGGCAGAAACUCAUGCCUAUAUGCUGAUUUCUCUUGGUGUGUGUUUUAUUUCCAACUCUGCAGAUCCUUCUUCAGUUCCCAAGCCAGCUAUCAGAGCUUCAGUGGCCUCCUUCCAUGUUGGAGACAAUUUCAAUGUCACAUGCACUGUCUUUGGGGAACCAGAAAUUGCUGUCGAUUUCACGUGGGAAUAUCCAGGACAGCAAGUAGGUAACAGGUUGCUGAUGGGGUGAGUGGGUGUGGGAUAAGAAAAGUGGCUUGUACUGUAACAGUACGGGUCUUUUAAGCCCGUCUCCUUUCCUGUUGAUCUGUGGAAUUUCCCCCUUAGAAAUUGAACAAAGGUUAGCCAAACCCACAAACCUAGCCAAUGAGAGCAUACAAAGAAAGACAAGCUGAAUAAUGAUUGGCCUGACCUCCUCAAAUGAGUAGGCCAGAGGCAGAAUGAAAACAUAAAUUGUUUCUCUGCAGAUAAACACCAGGCAACCUUGUCAUGCACUUUGCAUGCAUCUGAAUAAUUUCCAAGUUACAGGAGUGGGUGCUGCUAGAAUUCCACACACUGGAAAAAGCCACUGCUAAACUCUCUUGUGCACUGACUACCAUGUGCUCUGCCAUGUUUCUCAAAUAAUGUCCUUCCUCACUUUCAGAUUGGCAGACCACCCUACGUUCGUGAACGCACAGAUUUGGUGCGACGUGGUGGGCAGGUGCAGCAGGAAUCCGAGAGCAUCCUUUACGUUGAUGAAGCACGUGCUGUGGAUGAUGGUUUGUACACCUGCACUGCUGAGAAUCUGCAAGGAGGCACUGCAGUGUCCACCCGCAUUCGCUUGGUUCCAGCCUCACCAGCCCCAAAGAAGGCAAAGUCUGGGUAA